GGCGAAGUGUUCCUUUCCUGGAAGCUUUUCCUACCUCACAUCUUAUUCUUAGCCAUUGAAAGCAAGAGAGGAUCAAUUGUAGACUCAAUUUACUUCCGUUGCCAUUCCCUACUUCGAGCUACCCUCUUGGCACACUGCAUCCCCCGGUCCCAUCGCAACAGUCUCCAUCACCACACACUCUUGGCCCAACAUGCAUCUCACCCAACCCACGGCAGCCAAGCUGCUGCUCCUCUGGGCAUCGGCCAGCGAGCUGUGCUCGGCGGCGCCGCACUUCGACAGCCCCCGCGAGCGCCUCCUCCGAGGAAUGGACAUCCCCGCAAGCUACAAGAAGAAGAGCACCAGCAACCCCUACGUCCCGGUCUUCAGGGAUCCCAACGACGGCGCCGUCGAUUCGGUCGGCGACGGCCUUGACCCGCUUCCCUACCGCAACGGGCUCGGCGCCUCAGUGCUGGGGCCCUGGAACAGCGAGCGCUCGCGCCAGAACCCGGACUUGGUACGGCCGCCUUCGACGGACAAGGGGAACAUGCCCAACAUGCGGUGGAGUUUUGCGGAUUCGCAUAUUCGGAUUGAGGAAGGUGGAUGGACCCGACAGACGACUGUACGUGAGUUGUCCACCAGCGUCGAGCUUGCCGGCGUGAACAUGCGUCUUGGUGAGGGCGUCAUCCGAGAGCUUCACUGGCACAAGGAGGCUGAAUGGGCGUACGUCUUGGACGGCGAGGUCCGCGUUACGGCGCUUGACUACGAGGGCGGCAACUUCAUCGACGACCUCAAGAAGGGCGACCUCUGGUACUUCCCAUCAGGCGUACCUCACUCCCUGCAAGGACUGAGCCCCAACGGCACCGAGUUCCUCCUCAUCUUCGACGACGGCCGGUUCUCCGAGGAGUCAACCUUUAUCCUCUCCGACUGGCUUGCCCACACACCCAAGUCAGUUAUCGCCGAGAACUUCCACCUCGAGCCCGAAGUUUUCAAACACCUCCCCGAGGGCGAGAAAUACAUCUUCCAAGGCACGCUCCCGGGCCCCAUUGACGAGGAACGGCCCAAAGGCAAGCACGCCAAGAAGUCUCGCUUCAACUUCACCCACAGGAUGCUCGACCAGGAGCCCGAGCAGACGUCGGGCGGAGAGGUUCGCAUCACCGACUCCAAGAACUUUCCCAUCUCCAAGACUGUCGCUGCCGCCCACCUCACAAUCCAGCCGGGCGCGCUGCGCGAGAUGCACUGGCAUCCCAAUGCUGACGAGUGGUCGUUCUUCAUCAAAGGUCGGGCCCGCAUUACCAUCUUUGCGGCUGAGGGCACCGCUCGCACUUUUGAUUAUGUCCCUGGUGAUGUUGGUAUUGUGCCGAAGAAUAUGGGCCAUUUUGUUGAGAAUAUUGGUGACGAGCCAAUCGAGAUGCUCGAGAUCUUCAGGGCAGAUGAAUUCCGCGAUUUCUCUCUCUUCCAGUGGAUGGGUGAGACGCCCAAGAAGCUGGUGAUUGAUCACUUGUUCAAGGAUGACAAGGAGAAUGGUGAGAAGUUCUGGAACGAGGUUAAGGAGGCCCAGAAGGAUCCCAUCACCAAGUUUCAGAAGCAAAGUAGCUCCUCGCAGUCGGAGAGAGUGGAGGAGUUGUAAAACGAAUCAUAUAUAUACACCACGUAAAGUGUAGUUUAGGAGUGUAAAAGUACAACAUCACAUUUUGAAAAC